UUGACAAUUCCAACGAAAUAUCUCUUAAGCAAAAAGGGAAAAGAAAACAAAAAUAUCUAAGAAAAUUUUUUGGUUUUAAAUUUGAACUCGAAAUAUAGGUGCAAAUUAAAUUGAUCUGCGUAAAGACUUUGGCAAUGGCUGUGGAGGAGAGCGAUUUAAGCGCGCAGCAGACGUCGACUUCGCUGCCGACUGCGAGGCGGCAUCAGCAGCAGGAAAUGAGCGUGACAGGCGUCGCUGUGAACGCCGGCUCCAGCCAAAGCCAGCAGAAGGUCUAUCCGACGCUGCGGCUGCGACUGCAGCAGACGCCGACUGAGGCAGCGAUAGCGCCAGCGGCAGCGACGCCAAUUGCAGUGAAUUCCAGCUCAGUGGAGCGACUGCCACGCCAGGCAGUGACGUGGCCGCGGCGCGCCGAAACGCCGCCGCUGCUGUCGCUGUCGGACUUUGAGCAGAGCAGCGCCAGCAGCAGCGGCGGCGGCGACAGCUUCUGGCUGGAGACGCAGGACUAUAGCACAACAAGCAGAGUAGCACAGCCGGGAGACUCGCAGCAGUCGCAGCAGCAGCAGGAGCAGCAGCAGCAGCAGGAACAGCUGCAUCCAGUGCGGCGACGCCUGACCUUUGAGCAGUGGCUGCUGCGCAAAAGAAGCCAAGAGACGCUCCGUCGCCGUCAGAGCCGACGCGAGGCGCAGCGACUGCAGCAGGUGAAGCAGCUACGUCAACAAAUGUCGGACAAGAGCUACUCGGAUUGGCUGCUCGCCAAGCGGCGGCAGGUGCUGCAGCACGCAUUUCGCAGAGACAAUUCGUUCGCGGCAGAGGCGACAGCAUUCAGCAGGCAAAAGCUAACGGAACAGUCGCUGCGUGAGUGGGAGCAGCGCAAGCUGGCAGAGUCGCAGCUGCGACGCGAGCAGGAAAUGCAUGUGCAGCGGGAGGAGUUCGUCCACGAGAAGCUGCGCGAGCAGCUCAGCCAGCUCGCCUGGCAGCGCUGGAUGAUGCGGCUGGCGUUCAAGUCGCAGCCGCAACAGGCAGUGCAGAGGCUGCGCACGCAGCAGCAUCAGCCGCAGCAGCAGUCGCGGCGAGGCAGGUCGACUACGUCUGCAGCUGCUGUCGCUGCUGCUGCGUCGCGGCAGCGCAGGCGACUGCACAAUCAAGUCGCCUCGCUCUAUUUGCAUGUGCCGAUGUCAGUGGCGCAGCGUUCGCUGCAUCGACGUCUGGACAACCUCAGCGCGUCGCAUGUCGCACGGCGGCGCAUGUGGUGAGCACGGGAAAGGAGCUUCCGAUGAAAGCUUUAAGCUAGCCAGCUAAACACGGAUCGAGUCAAGGCGAAGCGAGAGCAAAGCUAACAAGGUAAACAUUUAACGGAGCUUUCAUAGAUAAUUAGCAAAAGCUUUGGCAGAAUCUAAAAGCUUUUGCCAUCCCUGUACAUUUAAGGUUAAAUUCAAAGCCAGAGGCCUGGCGCUUGAAGAUUAAAUAUGAACAGAGCCCAGCAAAAGCUUUUGCCUAAGGCAAAAGCUUACCAUCGAUUUUCCCGUUCUGCCAUUUGUCCACGUGCUUUAAAAGUUCACGCCAGUCAGCUUUAGGCAUCACUCAAAUCAAAGACAAUAAAAUACAUUUUUUAUAA